ACUCCCGAGUAUAAGCCUUCCAGGGCCCAGAGUGCUCAGGGAACUCUCCCGGACCACACCGCGAACCCGGGUCCCAUGUGGCAACCGCGUCGCACGUGCUUGUGCCGUCCACCUCUAUGCCUUCCCGAGGGGCCGCCAGUGAACGCUGCCCAUGCCUGCAGGUCAAGCACGGAGCUCCGCAAGGAAAAAUCCCGGGAUGCGGCUAGAAGCCGUCGCAGCCAGGAGACCGAGGUGCUCUAUCAGUUGGCGCACACGCUGCCUUUCGCGCGCGGGGUCAGCGCCCACCUGGACAAAGCCUCCAUCAUGCGCCUCACCAUCAGCUACCUGCGCAUGCACCGCCUCUGCGCCGCAGGGGAGUGGAACCAGGUGGGAACAGGGGGCGAACAACUGGAUGCCUGCUACCUGAAGGCCCUGGAGGGUUUCGUCAUGGUGCUCACCGCUGAGGGAGACAUGGCUUACCUGUCGGAGAACGUCAGCAAACACCUGGGCCUCAGUCAGCUGGAGCUCAUUGGACACAGCAUCUUUGAUUUCAUCCAUCCCUGCGACCAAGAGGAGCUUCAGGAUGCCCUGGUCCCCCAGCAGAGCCUGUCCAGAAAGAAGCCAGGGGCCCCCACGGAGCGCUGCUUCUCCUUGCGGAUGAAGAGCACCCUCACCAACCGCGGGCGCACACUCAACCUCAAGGCGGCCACCUGGAAGGUGCUGCACUGUUCUGGACACAUGAGGGUCUACAAGCCCCCCGCACAGACUUCCCCAGCCAGGAGCCCCAACUUAGAGCCGCCCCUGCAAUGCCUGGUGCUCAUCUGUGAAGCCAUCCCCCACCCGGGCAGCCUGGAGCCCCCGCUGGGCCGGGGCGCCUUCCUCAGCCGCCACAGCCUGGACAUGAAGUUCACGUACUGUGACGAGAGGAUCGCGGAAGUCGCCGGCUACAGCCCCGAUGAUCUGAUUGGCUGUUCUGCUUACGAGUACAUCCACGCACUGGACUCGGAUGCAGUGGGCCAGAGCAUCCACACCCUGCUGAGCAAGGGACAGGCAGUAACGGGGCGGUAUCGCUUCCUGGCACGGAGUGGUGGCUACCUGUGGACGCAGACCCAGGCCACAGUGGUGUCAGGGGGCCGGGGCCCCGAGUCUGAGAGUAUCAUCUGCGUCCACUUCCUAAUCAGCCGAGUGGAAGAGACUGGAGUGGUGCUGUCCCUGGAGCAAACGGAGCAACGCUCUUGCAGACCUGUUCAGCGGGCCACCGUCUCUCAGAAGGACACCCGUAAUCCUGGGGACAGCCUCGACGCCUCUGGCCCCCGGAUCCUGGCCUUCCUACACCCCCCUGCCCUGAGCGAGGCCACCCUGGCCGCUGAUCCCCGCCGUUUCUGUAGCCCUGACCUCCGUCGCCUCCUGGCACCUAUCCUAGAUGGGACUUCAGUAGCCGCCACCCCCAGUGCACCCCGAGUCACCCGGCGUCCCCAGAGCCCCCUUCCGGCCGAUCUCCCAGAUGAGCUACUCGGGGACGUGGAGACCACACACAAAGUCUUGGCCUCGGGGAAAGACCUUGAGACGAUUGAGACAGAUCUGGAUGUAGCUCAGGAUGUCGAUGCCAUGGAUUUGGAGAUGCUGGCCCCGUACAUCUCCAUGGAUGACGACUUCCAGCUCAACUCCAGCGAGCACGUGCCCAGGGCCUACCACAGACCUCCGGGGGCUGCCCCCCGGCCCCGUGCACGGAGCUUCCACGGCCUGUUGCCCCCACCUCCUGAGCCCACCCUGCUGCCUCGCUGGGGGAGUGACCCCCGGCUGAGCUUCUCCAGCCCUUCCAGAGGGGACCCCUCGGCCCCAUUCGUGGCUGGGGCCCGGAAGAGGACCCUGGCCCAGAGCUCAGGGGAUGAGGCCGAGGGGGUGGAGCUGCUGGGAGUGAGACCCCCCAAACGGUCCCCCAGCCGAGAACCCGAAAACUUCCUACUGCCUCCUCUCAGCCUGAGUCUCCUUCUGACAGGAGGACCAGCCCCCGUGAGCCAGCAGGAUCCCCGCAGCCACCUCCUGCAACUGAAUGAGCCCCUGAGCCUGGGCCCUUCACUGCUCCGUCUCUGCCCGAAUGAAGGCACCACCCAACCCAAGAGGCAAUUCCAGCCAGCAAUGAGCUUGGCCCAGGUGGACUGAGCCAGCCCCUCUUCCCAUCUCUCGUCUCCUUCCCAGAAAGGACCUCAACCGCAGUCUAAGCUGGCAGCCCAUGCACAGGAUGGGGGAGCUGGGACAAGAGAUCCCCCUCUCCUCUCAGCAGCCCCUGUCCACCUCGGGCCUACUCAGUGCUCACCCCUCUGCCCCUUCCCCAUCUGCGGGUUUUUGGGGGUGGUCUCAGCUCAGUGACCUCUGGAGGGGGUCGCUGGCCCCCUCCUCCUCCUUCUCUCAGGACUUCCCUUGGGGUUCUUGAUACUGCUUCCCUCAUGCCUUUCUCCAACUCUCUUGGCUUUAACGUGGGUAAUUAGGGGUGGGGGAGGUUGGGGUUCAGACCUGUGUUUCUAGGCUCUGGGGCCUAUUGAUAACCGCAAUCAUGUUUCUUCCCAUCUGUCUUUUAGUAUCGUUUUUAAUUUUGCUUCUGUGAUAUGUUUUCGAUAGCUAUGAAUUGCCCAGAGUCCGUAAGAAUGUGGGACUUCAACCUUCACCCUCACUCUCAGGUGUCAAUGGGGAGGGGAGCCUCUGGCCCAGACCUCCUCGCUACCCAGUGACUUCUGAUUGAUCCCUUGGCCUCCCAAACCGCCACCCAGCUCUGCCUACCUGCCUUUCCCCUCCAUUCUGGGUUUCCGCUGCACCCAGCCUUGCCUGGGUACGGAAUUUGUUUGUGGAGUUCCUAUUUCAGGUAUGGCCUUCAACUUCCCCUGCUUCUGGACGAUACAAACCUCCAGUCUUCUGCAGUUCUAGACCAUACAACUUCAGGCUGUCUCUGGUUCUAGACUGCACACGCUCAGACCUUCCUGGUUCUGGACUGCACGGCCCCCUGCCUUUUUGUUUCUAGGCUGCACACACCUCCCGAAUGCUCUAGUGGAGGCCUGACGGCCUCCAAACCCCUCCGAUUCUAGAUCUCACAAUCCUUGGCUCCUUCUCAUUCUGGACCUCACAGCCUCCAACUGCAUUUUCACACUUCAUGGUCUCCAAAGUUGUCUGGUUCCAGGCCUCACAACCUCCAACUCUCUCUGGCUCUAGAGCCUCUGACCAUCGGAAUUCUCCAGUUCUAGAACUCACUCCCUGACUUUCCCUGGUUCUAGACCUCUCCUAUAAACUCCUUUGUUCUAGAUGCCACACUCUCCGAUUCCUGCUGGUUCCAGGUCUUACAACAGAUCAUCUUAUCUGAUUCUGGACCUCACAACCCCAAGCUUCCUAUUGGCUCUAGUCUGUAACACAAUCUGUAACACAGUUGGUUCCAAAUCCAACUUCUUAGUUUCUAAAUCUUAAUGAUUCUCAGCUCAUCCCUUCUAACUUUCUGCACUCAAGAUUUGCUUUUCCCAUCAAAAAGAAGUAAAAAUGAGUUUUAUGUUUUGAUCUUAUAACCAGUCCCUCCAGAACAGGACAUCAUGUUCCAGUUCUUUAUUCUAGAGCUCAUGACCUCUAUCUACUAUUCACUGGCUGUAGAUCACACAGCUUCUAGACUUUGCAACUUCCAGGGUUCUCUGACUCUAGAUAUGAUUAUCUCUUUUCUCUGGUUCUAGAACUUGGCCUUAAAGGUAUCUGAUUGCAGACCUCAUGCUAUAAAUUCCCUUAGCCCUAGAAAGUCUCUAAUUCUGCCUCAUUGCCUAUCUUAUGGCAACGGGUUUAGAAGUCAGCCUUCAAAGAUCUUCUGAUCAUAGACCUUGCAUUAGGAAUUUACCUGGUUCUAGACCUUACAACUCCCAACUCUUGAUUCUUACGGCUCCAAAAUCCCUCUAGAACUCAGUCUUCAGGCUUUUUCUGAUUCUAGCUCUUACUCUAUACCUCCCUCUGGUUCUAAGCUUUCACAGCUGCCAGCUGCCUCUGAUUUCAGAUCCAAAUCCUUCUGGUUCUGGAACUCAGCCUCCAAAUGUUUCUGGUUCUAGAAUCUGAACCUCACCCUACGGAUUCCUCUGGUUCUGAAUCUUAUCAACCCCUGACUCCCUGCUUCUGGAAUGCAGCCCCCGAAAUCUAUUCUGGCCUUCCCACUCUGCCCAACUUGUCUCAAUGCCUACUCCCUUUCUUAAGUCUUCCCAUUCCAGAUCCCUAUCCUCCAGGUUUCGCUGCCCAUGGACUUCACACUCAAACCUCUCCAGUGCCAAUCUCAUAUCCCUAAAAUUUCUUGUCUUAGAAUCCCCUCCACUCCCCACCUCAGCCCUCCAGAUAUGCACUUACCUUGACCCCAGGUACCUGGGGAACCUGGGACUCCCUCACCCCCUUUGGGAGGUUCACAGUGCAGGAGACUUCCCCAGCCGCACAGGCACGCGCAUAGCCCUAUCCACCUAUCAGGAGGCAGGGAGAGGGGCUGAGACUUCUCCGUUCUCUGCCACCACCCACAUGUCCCCAGCCCCCUUUCUACAAUGGUGCUAUGCUUGGUCUCCCACAGGAAAACGUCUUCCUCUCUCAGUCUAACUCGCUCCCUUUUCCAAAAGGCACUUUUCGCUGUUUAUUUGAGGAAAUUGCCUGUCCAGAUGGGUGCUACGGGGGGAAAAGGAUCUCAUCCCUCCUUCCCUCAGGGGAUGAACUGGGCCCUCAAUAAAGAGAACUGUGCUAAGCUGCGGGACGGGAAAGGACUGGACCAGCCACGCCGGCUCUGAAAUCCACCAGUUUCUAUA